CCGUUGUUUUGUUUUGGAAAUUGGUGAAUUUCAGAGGGCGAAAAGUGGUGGAAAACGGCAUUUAAUCGAAAAAUUUAUACGAAAAAUAUGGUUUGUUACGAGAUUUUCUAUAAGGGAGCAUAGUCUUAAUCGGCAAAGCGGCAAUCCUAGUACCAGAUCACAUCGUAAAGCAUUACCGAGCGUGUUUAUGUUUGCCAUGCAGACAAAUGACGCCUGUCAGAGCGUUCAUAAACCGCCGACUUUAGACAGGGAAAGAGAGAGUCUGUUGUACGAGGAAAAAGAACAAGCAUAUGAUCGUGCUUAAAUACACUAUCUUCUUUAUCUUCUUUUGUUUAUUAACCUCGUCGUUAAAGAAAGAAGACUGAAUAGAAUCACCUGACUCAGCUGACACUGACAGUAACUUAAUGUCCUACGUCAUGUUUGACCGGAUUCUAAAUUUCUGAGCCGCAAAUCCAUUUUCCACCAGAAAAAUAUCAGAAAUGAGUGAAGGAACGGGAUCAGAAUUAGCUAAUAGGGAGGAAGUGCCAGGAGGGGAAGUAGUUGAAGGCCAAAACGCCAAUGGAAAUGCUCCGCCUCGGCAGCCAACCAAGCUGGAAUCCUUCGUCUCCGUAGCCAAGUCGUUGAUCGUUCGUGGCCUCAUAAUAUACGCAAUCUCCUCAUUCUUCAAAUCGACAAAAGCCCCAGCACCUACAACAAAUCUCAGUCAGUCAGGCCCCACUAUUCAAGCCCGGAAUAUUUUUCCCGAUGGGACUCCGUUGAGCAUUUACGUAUUCCUAUCAGAGUCGGAAACGUUUCAGCCAAAAGCUGAUCUGUUUUGGUCACGUAACGAUCUCAGUUAUGCCGACUGGACUGCGGGAGAAAACCGCGAUGGAAUAUUCGAGUUUGAAAAAAACGUGACCAUUACGCCGCAUAUGAAGAACAACGGGUCGCUGUAUUUGCACGCUUUUGUUACCCAAUCGGGUAUCAGCCCGUUUCCAGGCUCCAGUGGUUAUGACUACAACCUAAUCGCUUCAGCUGUAAAACAACUUAACAGAUAUAAAAAGCUGAAAGCCAGCAAAACCAAGAACUUGUUAACUGGUGAAACUGAGCAACAGCCCGUUGAAGAUGGGAAAAUAAUCUCGCACUGGCACCCAAAUAUCACUUUAAACCUGAUCACUGACCAGUCUGUAUGGACGUAUGGAGCGAUUCCAGCACCGCUCGACCAAUACAUCACAUUCACUGAGGACUUGGAGAAGUACAAGCCCAUUCUUUACCCGAAUGACUACUGGAAUAUGGCCAGAGAUUACCAGCCGUUGCCCGAAGGAGAUUCUUUACGGUUGCAUAUCACUUUCCAGCCGUUGACAUUGUUCAAAUGGCAAUUGUAUGCGGCGCAGGCAAUGAGGAACAGCAUGUUUUCCAUGUGGGAUAGUGGCGAAGCGCAACAGACCGAUGAAGAGCAGGAUACCAUCAAAGAGACCCUGAUGGACACCAAUCCGUACUUGCUUGGAAUCACCAUUGCCGUCUCGUUGUUGCAUUCCGUGUUCGAGCUGCUGGCGUUUAAGAACGACAUUCAGUUUUGGAACAAUCGCAACUCGCUCGAGGGACUUUCAGUGCGCUCUGUUUUCUUCAGCGUCUUCCAGAGCCUGAUUGUGCUGCUCUAUGUGCUGGACAAUGAAACGAACUUCAUGGUAAAGGUGUCGUGUUUUGUGGGCCUGGGAAUCGAGCUGUGGAAAAUAAUGAAGGUUGUGGAUGUGAAAUUCGAAAACGGCCGGAUCGUUUUCAAGGACAAAGGCUCCUACGUCGAGUCCAGUACCAAGGUCUACGACGAGCUGGCCUUUAAGUAUCUAUCUUGGCUCUGUUUUCCGUUGCUGGCCGGUUACUGUGGCUAUGCUCUGCUCUAUUUGGAGCACAAGGGCUGGUACUCAUUUGUCCUAGAUAUUCUCUACGGGUUCUUGUUAACAUUUGGUUUUAUCAUGAUGACUCCACAACUCUUCAUCAACUACAAACUGAAAUCGGUGGCUCACUUGCCCUGGCGCAUGCUGACCUACAAGUUCCUCAACACUUUCAUUGAUGACAUGUUCGCGUUCGUCAUUAAAAUGCCCACAAUGUACCGAAUAGGCUGUUUCCGGGACGAUAUCGUCUUUUUGAUAUUCUUGUACCAAAAGUGGAUCUAUCCGGUGGAUAGGACCAGGAGGAACGAGUUUGGAUAUUCGGGCGAGCAAGCAGAGCAAAAGGCUGUUACGAAUGGCACGAACGCAGUUGUUCCUGCCGAAGUCAAGAAGGACCAGUAAUACUUAUUGAAUAUUAUUUAUACAGGGUUAUUGACGCUAUACGGCACGGAAGUUUGCGGCUAAACCGUUUGAUUUUAUGAAUUGUCCGACGCCUACCGAGCGCACAUUUUAAAAAUAUUUUCGUAAUGUACAGGGUGUCCCAAAAGCUCUAAAGGUAUCAAGGUUGCGUUUUUUUAAAUGAAAUGUCCUGUAUAUUAUUGCAUUUUUGGAUUCGCUGAACAAAAUAAGUGCCUGUUUUAAUAAGGUUUAUAACAACUAAAUCUUAAGGUUUUUUUUAAAUAAUACGAAUUUAAUCAAAAUCUAAUCUAAUUUUCACGUGUCAAAUACUUUAGAAGUAUUUAAGUUAUGUAAGCGUAAUUUAUAGUGUAACAAGAUAUAAUAUUUUAUAUCCCAAUGAUAAUAAACUUACCAUGUUAUACA